AUGAUCGAUAUAACUACAUCUGCUACCGACAACUUGGAUGAUAAUAUAAGCAAAAUUAUCCAAAGAGGAUUCAGAAAUAAUGUGACCUCAAAAGGAUUGACUUUGCAACUCGAUUAUAUUGACACGACUUUCGAUAUAACAUUCACCUGUGUGAUUUUUACUGUUGCGUUCUUUGGAUGCAUUGGAAACCUUGUUACAAUAGGUAAAAUUGUACUCGAUCCCAUAUACCAUACACCGACAUUUGCUGUUAUCGGGCAGUUGGCUUUGGCAGAUUUUCUAUCAGUCACAAUUGCAGCUUUUGUCAGAAUGACAAAUAUUAUGAACAUCUGCAACACCUGCUCGCAUUUUGUAUUCAUCGUGAACACUAGUGCUUUGAUUUCUUAUUCUCAUUUGUGUUUUCUGUCCAUUGUUAGAUAUUUAAUAACAGUACAUCCCCUACAAAGCAGACAACAUCUAACUGUAACAGCGGUGUGUUCGUGUUCACUCACAAUAUGGAUAUUUUGUGGUGUUUUUGAAGCUUUAUUAACAUAUACUACAGAAAAUUGGAUUUAUACCAUAAAACUAUCUUUAAUUGUCAAUGUUUUUGUAUUGUUAAUAGUCUGUUCUAUAAUUACCCUUUUGCAUGUGAAAAAGAUAAGAACAUUACGGAAUUCUUUGUCCGUAACAGAUCACUCACAGAGAAGAAUGAAUAUUGUUGUCACUGUGAUCAUUGGUAUAUUUGUAUUAUAUAGAUUGAUUUGGAUGGCAAUCGGUAUAAUAGUACUUAUUUGUUUUCAAGAAUUUUCAGAUGAACUAUACUAUCAAACGGAAGGCUUAUUUUAUUUUAGCAUUUUCAUUGAAUGCAUUAACUUUUCUUGUAAUCCUUACAUAUUAUUUUUGUCACAAUUUAUUUGCAGCUGAGCGUUUGUGCGUCUUAUAUUGCAUAAAUCAUUUUAUAUCCAAUA